AUGAGCGAAUUUGACGAAGCCAGUAUCUCUGCUUCGAAGGAGAGGCUGCUGUCACCUUCGUUGUCCGAUUAUGAGGACGCCCCUCUGCAACAAGUUCAGAAGCCAUGUCGACACAAGUACUUCUGGGCUCUUAUGCUUGGAUUUGGCCUGUCCCUCAUGCUGAAUUUUGGAUUGCUCGACGAGGGUAUCACAACCCUCUACUCUCCAGCCAAUGACGCUGUUGAGUACAGGUUGACCAAAUUUGCGAGCUCAGUAGAAGGAGGCGAGACCGAUUUCCAGGGACGGCCCUCGGCCAAAUCCAACCAGGCUUGGAAAUCUUUGUAUGAAAACAGUUUUACGCACAUUACCAAAGAAGAAGCACAGAUUCUGCCGAACAAGACCGCGCCCGAGCUUGAGUCCGAGGGAAGCGGAUACCUGGUCGUCCUGAAUGUCUUCCAUGACCUACAUUGUAUGGACAACAUUCGCAAGGGGCUCUACUACUUCCUCGAGCCGCAAUGGAACAGCACACAUAAUCCGUACAUCCUGCACGAGUCGCCCGAAGCCGCACUAGAAGAUCGCGGGGGCGAUCACUUGAGUAUCAUGCAUCUAGACCAUUGCAUAGACUCGCUGAGGCAGUCGAUUCAGUGCACCGGAGAUGUUGUCCCGAACGUAUUUCAAUACAGCCCGAAAUACGGUGGUGUUCGGGCUCGCUCUACCGUUGUGCAUGAGUGUCGCAACUUCAACAAGAUUCAGGAGUGGGCUGCAGAGCGCCACGUUCCAGGCCCCUUCAAAGACUUUGGCAAAGGCCCGGAGCUUGGCAAGUGCGGCAUUGACGAUCCAUGGACAUGUUUGACUCCCGUCUCGUUAGCCGCGGCUAUUCUAGCCCUCAUCAACUCGAUACUCAUUGUCGGCCUGAUAUAUGUCGAACAUGACCGCUCAAUCAGACCGUCUAAGCUCAUCAGCAUCUACCUGUCCCUCUCGUCGUUGGUUGAUCUAGCCCAAGCUAGGUCGCUCUUCCUGCAGCAGCCCAACACAUCUGGACGGAUUGGGUGUGUUUUUGUCGCGUCUCUAGCAACAAAGUUCAUUCUCGUCUUGCUGGAAGAAAUACCGAAACAACGCAAACCAGGAACUUCAUCCAAGGAAGAAAUCAGCGGGCCGCUCAAUAGAUCGGUAUUCGGUUGGCUCAGCUCUUUGUUCAUCCGAGGGUCUCGGGGACUUCUGGCCGUCGACGACCUCGGUAUUAUUGAUCGCAAGUUUGACUCCGCCCGGCUUCUGUCCAAGUUGAGCUCUUCGUGGGAUAGGUGUGACAAGUCCGCGAAGCAUGCCUUGCUCAAAUCCACCUUCUCCGCAUUCAGAAUCAGCUAUGUGGCCCCUAUUCUUCCGCGGUUGUGUUUGGCAGCCUUCAACUUUUCCCAGCCCUUUUUGAUCAAAAGAAUCAUUGAGUUUGUGGCCGUGUCCAAACACGCGCAAUAUCACGAGAUCGCAGGAGGUCUUAUUGGCGCUUGUUUUCUGAUUUACCUGGGGCUAGCAAUCUCCAGAGGUAUCUACAACCAUGCGGUGUACCAGCUCACAACCACGCUUCGAGGCGGACUUGUAUCCGUUAUUUUCUGCAAGUCUCUGGAACUGGACGCUGCAACUGCUACCAAAGCAGAGGCCAUUACUCUCAUGAGCACCGAUAUCGACUCAAUCGCCAGUGGGGUCAAGGAUCUGCACGAGAUAUGGGCCAGCGUCCUUGAGCUGGGCGUGGCCGUCUAUCUAUUGAAUUUGCAGAUCGACGCGGCGUGCUUUGUUGUCAUGAUCCCAGCCGUUGUUUUGAGCUUCGUCAUGGAGAGAGCCACUGAUGGCAUCGGUCCUGCCAGGAUGGCCUGGAACGAAGGUGUCCAGGAACGCGUUUCUAUAACUUCUUCAAUGCUUUCUCAGAUCAAGGGUGUCAAGAUGAUGGGUCUCGCCAACUAUUUUGCUAAAACGGUACAGCACCUUAGGGUCAAAGAGCUUGACAUGUCCAAGAAGUUCAGAGUGUUCAUCGUACGGAUAAUUCUUAUCUCCAAUCUCUCAGACCAGAUGACCCCAGCCGUCGUUGUGACAGCUGCAGUAUUCUGGACUCGCGCGGACGGCUUCACCGUAUCUCAGGCCUUCACAUCUCUAGCUAUUGUGGCUUUAGUGUCUACACCUCUGGCCAACCUCAUUGGAUCCUACCCAACCUUUGUUUCAUCUGUCGCCUGUUUCGGUCGCGUCCAGGAGUUUCUCGUACAGGAAGAGCGCAGAUCCCAACGUCUUCAAGACGCUGACGCCUCCGAAAGAAAGCCCUCUGCAAACACACCUUCGAUCUCUGAUAACGCGUCACAUCCAGCCUCACAUGACCACGCCAACGAACUCAAAGAAAUGCAACAAAUUCCAGGGCAGUCAGACAUUGCUAUAAGCUUAGACAACGUGACUGUCUGUUUCGAGGGCAAGGAAGAGCCGAUCCUCCGAGGCAUCACGCUGUCCAUUCCGAGACACAAAUACACCGAAGUUACCGGCGUCGUGGGAUGCGGAAAGUCAACGUUUCUGAAGGUCAUUCUUGGGGAAAUUUCUUCAAUCGGCGGGUAUAUCCGUUUCAAACAGCCCAAUGUGUCGGUUGCUUUCUGCGAGCAAACAGUCUGGUUACGAAACAUCUCCGUCAUGGACAAUAUCAUUGGCCAAGAACGAUUUGACAAGGAAUGGUACGGCUGCGUCGUUUUCGCUUGCGACCUGAAAGAAGACAUUUCCAGAAUGCCAGAGGGAGACAGGACACUUGUUGGGAGCGGGGGCAUCACACUCAGCGGCGGACAGAAGCAAAGAGUUGCGCUUGCCAGAGCUGUCUACGCGAGACGGUCCAUCAUCCUCCUGGAUGACCCUUUUAGCGCCCUCGACGCUGAGACCAGAGCCAAAGUUUUCAGUCGUCUACUUGGCGAGGAAGGUCUUCUACGGAAAGGCGAUGCGACUGUAGUUCACGCCAUUCCCGCCGGUCCACGCAAGUCGAUUGCCGACAAAGUGAUCCUUCUUAACAAGACGGGGUCCGUGGAACAAGCAGGACCUUCGAUCAAUCUUGCCACUGCUUUUAAGGACAUUGAUUUCGAACAUCGAGCUGAAGACAGUACUCAUCAGGAUGAGAACGCAACUGUGGCGGCGGAAACUCCGCAACCCAAGGCACCAAAAGUCAAUGACGAAGACGCUACUCAGAGGCAAUCGGGUGACUUCUCACUUUACAGAUUCUACCUCCAGUCAAUUGGCCCGGCCCUAACCAUCACAUUCAUUCUCUUUGCGGCCACAUACAUCUUUCUAGGCUUCAUGCCAAACAUCUGGCUGAGAAUCUGGACCGAUCAUGGGACCAAUGAUGGAAGCCGCGGCGCCUACUUCGGAGCCUAUCUGGCAUUCUGCAUUGGCACCGUUCUGUUUUCCGGGCUCGCCAUUGGGAUUUUCUUCGUCGUCGUCAUCCCCCACUCGGCUGCACGACUACACUGGCAACUCCUCGACUCUGUCCUGAAAGCCCCUUUGUGGUUCUUCACAACAGUGGACAGUGGCGUCACCCUCAAUCGCUUCAGCCAGGAUAUGACGUUGGUUGACCAGACUCUGCCCACGGCCUUUUUCGAGGUUGUGCUCGACACUCUGGUUGCUAUCGCGUCCGCGGCACUUAUUGCGUCAGGAGCCCAGUACUUCGCAGCCAUAAUCCCGUUUUGCGUCUUGCCGCUGUACUUCCUGCAGAAGUUUUAUCUGAAGACAUCGCGACAGAUGCGUCAUCUUGAUCUCGAGUGCAAGUCUCCGCUUUACACUCAUUUCACAGAGACCCUCAACGGUGUUGUGACCAUUCGCGCGUUUGGGUGGCAGCAGGAAUUUGUCAAGGAGCAGCUACAUCUGCUUGAUGUUUCUCAGAAACCUUACUACAUGCUGUUCUGCAUUCAACGAUGGCUGGCAAUUGUGCUGGAUUUGUUCGUCACGGUGAUUGCCACUGCUCUGGUUGCAUUUGCUGUUAAGUUCACCAAUACCACAAGCGGUGGCGCCAUUGGUCUAUCCAUGGUCAGCCUCAUGGGCCUCAACUCCAGCUUGUCUAGACUCAUUAGUUCAUGGACAAACUUGGAGACUUCUCUCGGUGCAAUCGCUCGUUUGCGCGACUUUGUCCGCGACACUCCUCACGAAGAUAACAUCGAUGAUCAGAGCCUGCGCCCAAUCCCUCCAGGAUGGCCGUCGUCAGGCGCAAUAACUUUUCAGAACAUCAAUGCUAAAUACAAGACCGAUGAUGAGGAUAUUCUCCGCGAUCUGUCCUUGAGCAUCAAGGCUGGCCAGAAGGUUGGCAUAUGUGGGCGCACCGGAAGGCAAGUCUUCCCCCUGCUCGAUGAGGUGGAUCUCUGCUUGCUCUCGCGCGAUGCAAUCCGCCCGCACCUCAUUACUCUUCCUCAAGACCCCGUCACUCUCCCUGGAACUAUUCGAACCAACCUUGACCCCUACGAAUUGUGUGACAGUCUUUCAGGAGAGAAAGUAAUGUUGGAGGCACUGCAAAAGACUUUCCUCUGGGAUGAUGUGAUCAAGCCUCAGGGCGGCCUGGACGCCAAAUUCACUGACGUGAGCCUAUCCCACGGCCAACAACAACUGUUUGCUCUGGCGCGCGCUAUACUGCACAAGGACUCGAGUAUAGUUGUUCUGUUGGAUGAAGCGACUAGUAGUGUUGAUCAUGAAACCGAUACAAGGCUUCAAAAGGUUAUCAGAGACGAGCUUGCCAGCCAUACCGUCCUGGCUGUGGCGCACAGGCUCGACACUAUCAAAAACUACGAUGUUGUAGUGGUGAUGGAUAAAGUCAUUUUCUGCCGGAAACCUCGCUGUCCGCCGUUCGAGGCUCGCGAUUAUCAAGGCGACGGUGAUGACGAGGGCGAGGGCGAAGGCGAGAAGAGGGGCAAGGCGGAAAGGGCUGCUGUUGGUUCGAUUAGAUGGGUCAAAUUCGAUGAAAGCCACCCGGUUGUGGAUUUUGCCGAUCAUUUCUUGGAUGUUUCUCGCACCUGA